AUGACUAGCCCGCAACCUAAGACACUCCAAGGCAAGGUCGCCGUGGUCAGCGGUUCCUCCGGAGAGAAGGAAGCCGCGGAGGCAGUUAUGUCUUCGUUGCUCGAUAGUGACAACGCGAGGAUUGUUGAGGCGGAUCUUGCCACUCUGGAAGGACCCCGUUUGCUCAUCGAGGCUACCGUCAAGGCAUUUGGCCAGCUUGAUAUUCUCGUCAACAACGCCGCCGUCUGCUGGCCAACCCCCAUCGACGGUCCUGACGAUCAGCAGGUCUUGAAGAACUGGGAUGACAUGGUCACCCUCAACGGACGAGGCACUCUACUCCUUACGCGAGCUGCGCUCCCUGUCAUUUCCCGCCAGCAAUCGCGCAUCAUCAAUAUCUCAAGUGACUCAACACGAUCCCCGGAGCCAGAUAUGACAAUAUACACCGGCACCAAGGGCAUGAUCGAGGCAUACGCGAGAUGUUGGGCGAAGGAGCUGCCGCGGAAGUAUGGCUGUACGGUCAACACUAUCGCGCCCGGUCCCAUCGCCACGAAGAGGAUGCUAUCAGCGCCCCCGCAAUUUCUCGACGUGAUUAUGAAGCAGACGGAGAAGAAUCCGGUGGAGAGCCGGCUGGGCACGCCGGAAGAGGUUGCAUACGCAGUGGCGAUGCUGUGCGAAGAAAAGGCAGGCUGGAUCAACGGGCAAUACAUUCCGGUUUGCGGUGGUUCUUACAUGACGUGA